ACUUUAAAAAACUACCAGGUUCCAAGGCAGCCAAACAUUUGUUUCGGCCCGAGGCCGUGUCUGAGAGUGUGGAGGACACAGACCCCGUGGUGGCCUUAGAGUGGGACCCUCUGUCCACGGACUACCUCCUGGUGUGUAACCACAGGGCUGGGGUUCGACUACUGGACGUGCCUACCCAGACCACCAUCAUGGACUUCCAGCUGCCCAGCGCCGCCUCGCGUGUUCAGACCAUGUCCUGGGUCAAGAACGCUCCGGGAAUGUUUCUGACUGGUGAUUACAAAGGCGGAAUUCUACGCGUGUGGAGCGUGUCAAACUCCACGCCCAUUGAGAACAUCAAGAUCAAAGGCACGGGCUUCCACCGGCUAGAGGUUAUCCACCCUCCCGCAAACAGCAACAGCAGCAACAACAACAGCAACAGCCACAGUUCCUCACAGGGCUCUCUGGAUGACAAGGACAACCACCAUGUUUCUUCUACGAGUGAGGCUCGAUCCCCCGCCAUGACCACGUUGUCACACUUUACACUACCACACUCGCACGUCGUCUGUGCCUUCAACGAUGGGGGGAUAGGGCUCUACGACCUGGGAAGGAAAAAGUGGGUCUUUCUCAGGGACCAGGGUCACAUUGAGACAAUCUUUGACUGCAAGUUCAAACCAGACAACCCAGAUCUUCUGGCCACGGCAAGUUUUGACGGGAGCAUCAAAGUCUGGGACAUUACCAGCAUGACCUGUUUACUGUCGUCCCCCGGCAAUGAAGGCAUCAUCUACCAGAUCUCAUGGGCUCCCUCAGACCUGGACUGUAUCGUGGCCUCCACGGCACGCACCGGCGUCUUUGUCUGGGACACCACGAAGGGCAAGGUCAUCACCAGGCUCAAUAAUCACGUGGCGAAGACGAGCGUGUUCUCAGUGUCGUGGAACCAGGCAGACUCCAGGCGCAUCAUGACCUGUGGGAUGGACAGCUACUGCGUGAUCCAGCAGGUGGAUGGUACAGUGUUGCAGAAGUACAAGCACCCAGCGGCCGUCUACGGAGGUGACUGGAGCCCUUUCAACAAAGACAUGCUGGCCACGGCCUGUGAGGACAAGUGUGUGCGUGUGUUCUACAUGGCGUCUCACUCGGAUCAGCCCAUCAAAGUCUUCUCAGAGCCGUCCAACAGCUCGACGACGUCUUUGUCUCUGGUGGGCAAGGUAUCUGUGCAACUACAGAGCACGCACAGCUUGAAAGGCGCACGCUCGCCCAAGACAAUAGAAGCUUUCUCGAGAUUCUUUUCUCACCCAUGUGGCACCAACAACCUGUGGGACCUGGUGGGUGCGGUGGGAGGCAGCGAUACCAUGAUGCUCUCCCCUGCCUACCCGCACGGCAUCGUGCACCGCAAACACAUAACGCAGUUCAAAGGGUCCGAGGCUCAGCAGCAAGAGAUGAUCAAGAUGUCCAAGUUUGGCGCGGGGAUCGGUGCGCCGGGCAAGGAGGAGAGGUUGAUGGGAGCGGCUGCGACUCACAUACGACUGGGGAACGUACAGAGGUACUGUGAGCUGAUGGUGGAGGUGGGAAAGUGGGAACGAGCGCUGGCCGUGGCCCCAGCAGUAUCCAUGAAGUACUGGCAACAGCUCAACCAGAGGUACUCCACGGCCCUGCUGCGUGAAGACAGCGACGACGCGGUGCCUUUCUGUGUGGCCGCCGGGGAUGUGCCAGGCUUGGCCUCCUUCUUCACGGCGCGCGGUCAGCUCAAUGACGCUGUGCUGGUCACUCAGGCGGCCUGCGAGGGCUCCAUCUCUGCCCCGAAGGUCAAAGGUGACUCCAAGGAGCGGAGACAUCAGAGGAACAACAGCAGUGGAGCCGUGUUUGACAGUUUGGCAGUGGAGGCUAUGGAGACUCUCGCUGACUUUCACUUCCGUAACGGUUCCCCGACCCUAGCAGCCUGCUGCCAUCUGGCUGUCGAUGACCAAAAGAAAGCGAUGUCCAAACUGAUCCGGGGUCAUGAGCUGGAGUUGGCCUUGAGCGUGGGUCGUGUGCUGGGGGGGGCGACAGAGGAGACGGAUGUGGUGUUAGAACUACUGUCUAGGCGCUGUGAGACUUUGGGCAAGUGGCUGGUCUCCCGUCUAUGUCGUCGUGCGAGGAGAAGGCCAAGUCCCUGGAAGCGUCAGGCUGCGACGUCUUCGACUGUGUCAAGCUUUACCUUCUCUCCCCCGUACCAGAGAGAGGCUUACAGCUGGGACUACGUGCUCUCAGAGGGAAGUUACAGUCCCCCAACUACACAGCUGAUGACGUGGUUCCCAUGCUGCGCUUGUUGGGCUGUAUCAAGACAGAGAAACUACAGCAUUCAAAGCAAACUGAGUCCAUGCAUGAGCUGCUGGCUCUGUCUGCUUACUUUGGAGGGCUGGUCGCCAUCAAGAGGAAGUAUUUCCCUGUGGUGUUGCCGCUCUUUGAACACGCAAGAUCUGUGAUCAGCAGAAACUCUCUACAGCUGGCUAUUUCAGACAAGCAAAUUGAGGCAGACGCCAGAAUCUUCUUUGCCAUGCUAGAGAACAGACUGACUGAGGACUUGCGCCCCCAGUACCAAGCUCUGCUGACCCGGUGUGGCAGUGACACUGAGUGGGUGGUGGAGGCGGGCGAAGACUGUGUGGCUAGUUCACACUUACCGUCACACUCUGACGUGCACACGUCUUACUUGUCCAACCAACGCAUCAAGGGCCAGCCUUACUUCCUGGAGGACGGCCGGUCGUGUGUGUCGCUGAACGAGGCUCUGAUGUGGGCCAAGGUCAACCCAUUCUCCCCUCUGGCAUCGGGCGUCAGGAUAAACCCCUUCUAGACAUUCUCCACACCUCAGUGGAUGUAGUUACGUCAAUGAUUGUCAAAAGGCCAGUGACUGUAGAUGCAUCUAUGAUAGUCAAAACGCCAGGGAUUGUAGAUGUGUCAGUCGUUGUCCAAUGCCAAUGAUUGUAGAUGUGUCAGUCAUUGUCCAAUGCCAAUGAUUGUAGAUGUGUCAGUCGUUGUCCAAUGCCAAUGAUUGUAGAUGUGUCAGUGGUUGUCCAAUGCCAAUGAUUGUAGAUGUGUCAAUGAUUGGUUUGUGUUGUCAUCAUAAAGGCUUUUAUCUCCUGGAAAGCUGCACCCAGCGACCUGUGGUCAGAGCCACUGUGCCGGUGAUAUAUUAACGGUGGCUCGGGCGCAUUCCUUUACGCCGAAUUUGACGUCACAUUAGUUUUCGGCAAUUGUCGAAAACAAGUCUCUUUUGAUGGGAGUUCAUUCAUUAAAAGAAGAACUAUCAAAAUAGGUUCACUUGUUUUGAUUGAGUUACCAAAUUGGUGAUAUCAAUUUUACUUUUAGUUUUUGAACCAAAAUAGGGCCUAGGCAUAGUGGGUUUACCCCCCCCCCCCCCCCCCUCGUAGAUAAAGAGUUUACUCAUAUCUCCGGUAAGCUGCUUCUAGCGGCCUGUGGUCAGAGCCACUGUGCUGGUGAUUUGCUGUCACAAGCUCUGUCAAAUUCCUUUAUAACGACAAGGAUAUUAUAUUGACUUUCGGCAAUCGUUGAAAAUAUGUGUCUCUUACCGAAUUCUUUCGCUAGAUGAAGAACUAUUAAAGUAGUUACAUAUGUUCUGAUUUUAUGUCCAGUUUAGUGACUUGUAUGUUGGUGUCGGGUUUUGCACUAAAGGAGGACUCCGUGUUGUGGGAAAACCUUUCGGAGAUUAAGAGUUUAGCAGAUGUGCCAACGAUUGUAGACAAUCCAACAUUAGCAGAUGUACGAUCAAUUAUAGAUGCUUGUGUGCCAAUGUUUUGUUCUUUUUGUCAUCGGAGCCUUCGCCUCUGUGUACCAAUCUCUGGUUCUUGUUGCUUCAGAAGGGCCUGUGGUAUCAGUAUUUUUUUAUUUACAUUUGGCAUUACCGCAGAAUGAGGAGAAAGACAGAAGGUGCAAUAAUAAUUAUC